GAGUCCUAUAUGACAUGUGUCCAGCAUCCCAUCCCACAUAUAACAGAUCUCUUCACUGAUAGCGCACAAUCUUCUCACUAUGACAUCAUAUACAGACAAAGGAGAAAAGCAUGAACAUGGAAGGUUUCUCAGAUUUCAUUCCAUAACACUGUGGGUGAGCAAUGCAAAACAGGCUGCUUCGUUUUAUUGCAAUAAAAUGGGGUUUGAGUCCCUGGCUUACAAGGGCCUAGAGACUGGGAGUAGGGAGCUGGUUUAUCACGUUGCCAAACAAGACAAGAUCAUAUUUGUGUUUAUUUCACCUCUUACUCCUGGAAAUAAAGAGUUUGGAGAGCAUUUGCAAAAGCAUGGAGACGGUGUGAAAGAUGUAGCAUUUGAAGUUGAAGACUGUGACUUUCUGGUUCAGAAAGCCAGAGAAAGGGGAGCAGUGAUAUUAAAGGAGCCGUGGGUUGAGGAAGACAAGUAUGGAAGAGUUAAAUUUGCUAUCAUUCAGACGUAUGGAGACACAACACACACACUAAUAGAGAACCUAGACUAUAAAGGCAUCUUCUUACCUGGAUAUCGUCCUCCUCUCUUCCUGGAUCCUCUGCUGCCCAAACUACCAAGUUGCAAACUCAAUUUUAUUGACCACAUUGUGGGAAAUCAGCCGGAUGAUGAAAUGGUCCCAGUUGUAGACUGGUACCAAAAAACUCUGUUGUUUCAUCGUUUCUGGUCUGUGGAUGACAAACAGCUGCACACAGACUUCAGUGCGCUUCGCUCCAUUGUGGUCGCUAACUAUGAAGAGACCAUUAAGAUGCCUAUAAAUGAGCCUGCGUCAGGAAAGAGGAAAUCUCAGAUCCAGGAGUAUGUUGAAUAUUAUGGUGGUCCUGGAGUUCAGCACAUUGCUCUUAACACAUCUGACAUUAUCACUGCAAUCACCAACUUGAAAGAAAGGGGAAUGGAAUUCAUGUCUGUUCCAUCCAGCUAUUACCAGACACUAAGGGAAAAUCUGAAGACAGCUAAAAUACAAGUUACAGAAAAUAUUGACAUACUAGAGGAGCUGAAAAUUCUUGUGGAUUAUGAUGAAAACGGGUAUUUGCUACAGAUUUUUACAAAGCCAGUCCAAGACAGGCCGACACUAUUUCUUGAAGUCAUUCAACGUAAAAAUCACCAGGGCUUUGGAGCUGGCAAUUUUAAAUCCCUAUUUGAAGCUAUUGAACAGGACCAAGCAGCACGAGGAAACCUCACUGUUCUUACACCAAAUGGGGAGUUGGAAAGUCUAUAGGAACUAUACGCUAUAAGUUUACAGGAACACCUGCAUAACAUUUUACAUAAUAUAUUACUGAUUAUGUGGUACUUAAUUCUUACUUAUUCUAGGUCAAAAUUAUUUCUAUAGUCCGUUUUAUACCCAGGAUAUAAUCAAUGUAAAAUUUCUACAGUGAUCCUGUCCCUUUCAUGCAUGAAGAGGGAAGGGGGUAUAUACACUGGUCAGCUAUAACAAUAUGACCACCCACCUAAUAUUGAGUAGGCCCCUUUUUCCAUCGAGACAGACUCCACUAGACAUCUGAAAGUAUGCUGGCAGCAAACUGCCACUAGGAUAACAAUGCCUUUUUUCCAUAGUGCAUUUUGGUGCACACCCAGUCAUCCACAUGAUGUAAAAUAAAUCUUCUGCCAUUGCA